AUGCCGCCGGAGCGCCGUGAAUUUAGGAGCAGCAGCUGCUGGCGGCGGCGGGAUGUGGGGGUGAGGUGACAGCGGGAGCUGCCGCCGCCUGAAGGAGGGAGGGAGAGAAGGAAGGAAGGAGGCAGCGCCGGGAGCCUCGUCCCGCUCCGGCCCGCCGAGCUCAGGGCUGCGGACCCGCCACAAGCAGCCGCUGCGGGAGGGAGGGUGGAAGAUGCGCUGAGCCGGUCGCUGGAAAGAUACUGCUAUGUGGAUAUUUGUUAGCAAUGACUGAUGUGGAAUCUACAUAUGCAGAUUUUAUUGCUUCAGGAAGAACAGGUAGAAGAAAUGCACUACAUGACAUACUUGUGUCCUCGACAGGUGGGAACUCUAGUGAACUAGCCUUAAAGUUAUCAGAACUUGAUAUAAACAAGGCAGAAGGAGAAGGAGAUGCACAAAGAAAUCCAAGUGAGCAAACUGGGGAAACCCAGGGGGAAGCAGCAAAGCAAGAAAGCUGACAUCCGACUUUGACUGACUGGAACAGCUGCUGGAUGUUUUCAGAGUGCAAGAGCAUGCUGGAACAAAUCUGUUUCCAUGAGCAAGCCUAUGGAAAAGAAAGUGCAUGUGUUUUCACUGCUGGAACCCACUCAACACAAUGUUAAAAAUGGGGGUACGAGCUGUGGCAGAAGACAGAAUUUUUCCUACCUCUGUCAUUAGCAAUGGUUGAACAUGUAUUGAUUUUUGGGAUAGCAUCUUCAGAUGGAUCCCUUCACAAUGACUACUUGAUGGGAGUACUUUUAGAAAGUAGAACAAACAGGUAAAUCUUGUAGCAAAUGGCCUUUGAAAUGUGAGAGGAUCAGAUCAUGUAUCUUAAGCAAAGGCUUGUGUGAUCCUCAGAGUUUAAAAUUCUCUGGCCAAAGUGUUCACCCAUUAAAGGAACUGUAAAGAAAGCACUGUUUUUAGAACUCUGCAUCUGUGUUUUACAGCUCUGCUGUUAUUUACAAUGGUUUUUGUAUUGUACAACUUAGAUGCUCCACACUGCCCCUUCUCAACUGCUUAUGAAGAAUAUUUCUGUUACUGUGAAUUUUUCUACCACUCGUUUUGAAAGGGCUGUUUUUUGCAUAAUGUGGUGAUGUGAUCCUGAUAGAUUUAAAAUGUCAACGGCUAAAUUAAUUAUGCCUAAGCAUAAAUGACUCAGCAAAAUUCUAAUUUGUUAUUAGAUGAGCCUUCAAAACGAUUCAUUAAUGUGAAUAUUUUGGAGUGUUUUGUGUCUUUGGUACAGUUUUGCCACUUGCCUGUAGUUAGUUGCAUAUCAAAGAGUUAAACUGAAUCUUUUACAUUAUUCUUUCCCUUUUUUUCUAAUUUUGCUCCCAAUUUAUUAAUCUUUCUCCAAACUAUUUUUUUAAAAUGGUAGUCCAAUUAUUUUACUAUUAUGGUAGUUUUAAGAAUACAUUUAUAACCAUAAAUGGUUUAAAAUUCAAACAAGUUCCAUGGUGCUAGAGAUUUUUCUGGUUCACAUUGUUAAAGAUGGGCCUUGUUUGCACAUGAGAAAAUAACCAGCAUAGUUAUUGCCAAACAUAUAUUGGAAUGAUUUUUAGAUUACAGAGUUGUUCAACUAGUGGAUCAUGGGCUGGAUCUAGCCAUUGGAACUCUUUGCUCUAUUCCUUGCCUUUGCCUCUGUUGAUCAGGCUGUUGAGUUUGAGGCACAGCCAGCAGCUGGCUACUGAUGCAGCAUGCACAACAAGUGCUAGAAGCUACCACAGCAAACUUGUGGCCUGGAUGGGGACAGAGAAGUGAGAGACUUGGCAUCUAGCACCCAAAAGUCUGGAUUUUUCCCAUUUCAACUAGUCUGAAAUGACAGUCCAAACUGGAUACACAUUGAAGUACCAGGAGAGCUUGUGCACCUAGAGGAUUACCUAAAAUACUUAUAAAUGAAUAACCUAUUCUGCAGUAGCUAUGCUGGUUAACUCCCCCUUCCCCCCCUCCUGUGUAGACGAGGCCCAGCAUGAGGCUGAAUACUGCAAAAUGGGGCAGGUGCGCCUCUCCAUAAGUAAGGUGAGUAUAGAAUGACAAGUAAACCAUGGCAAUCACGUAAGCACCAAUCGGAGUUGGAAGAUUUUAUUAAGAGGAGGUGAUGUCACUUUAUAUAUAUUAUAUAUAUUAUAUAUAUUUUUCUGUUGUUGGUGGUUUAAAAUGUUAUGCACUUUUUAAUGUUUGUAAACUUUUACUAAUUAAUAGUGUGACUGCUUCCUAAAUAGAUUAAUCAUCAGUUAACCAAACAUCUUUAUGUCCACAGCUGUUUCUACCAUAUGUAUCAUAGUACUUGUCACUUGGAAUUCUUCUGUGAGAUGUGUUUUUUUUUUAAAAAAAAAAAAAAAAAAACAAAAAAAAACACUGAUCAGUAUUAUGAGCUCAUUUAGUAAUGUUAAUAAAUAACAAACCAGCAGUAUGCUUGUGGUUCCUGAGUGUAAUAUUAACUUUCACUUGUUAUUAUUUGGAAAUUAAAUGCCUUGCUGUCAUACUAGCUGACAAAUGCCCCAUUUUCUUUGUGACAGAAGUAGUCCAUUUGCUUUGAAAAUACUAUUACCUUUAAACUAAUUAGUGUUCAUUUGUUUCUCUUAGGGUUCCUGUCAAAGUUAGUAUUUUAUUUUUUCGCUGCUCCUUAAUCAGUUCUUCAAGUUAAGCAAAAACUGUUUUCUGCUUUGUAUGAGACUAGUUGAUCUCAUUCUAGCCCUAACACCAGAAAGAAAUAAGAUUCUAAAGCUUAUAUGUAGUGUUACUUGACUGACAAUCCACAAAACACCAUUGCUAAAGAGUAGCACUAAAAAGUAAUAGUGGAAUAAGUAAUUGCAGUGCAUCAAAGUUUUGAUCUGACUUAUUUUCCUUCAAUGCUUUUCUUAUUCCAAUAUAUUUCUUUCUUCCUAAGUCUUCUAUGUUGUGAAAUAAAAUACAUUUGAACCUUUCA